GCACAAUCAACUGACCUCGUGCAAUAUAUAAUCCACAAUGGAUCGUUCCACAUCAUGUCACUCACAAAACACAAACCUAUUGUUUCCACAUUUCUCUACAAACACUUUCUAAAUAUAGCUCAAACCAAUCAUGUUCUUCUCAAGCUGGAAAACAAAUUCAAACCUAAAAACCAAAUUCAUCAACCCCCAAUAUGAGAAACGAUGUCAUGGAGGGCUUGUUAAACCAGAACAACAAGACAAACACAGGGUUAGGACGCUGCGUUUCACACAUACAAGAUGAAUUAAAGAGUUUUAGAUCGUAUGUACGAUGGAUGUGUGUGGACCAAUCUAAUGCAUGGAGGGCAUGCAUUUCUUGGUCCAUAUUCAUCUUGUUUGCAAUCGUUGUUCCUGCCAUUUCCCAUUUUGUGUUCACAUGUGCAUCAUGCGAUGGCAAGCACAAGAGGCCUUAUGAUAGUGUAGUGCAAUUGUCUUUGAGCAGCGUUGCGACGGUGUCGUUUUUGUGCCUGUCAUGGUUUGUGAGGAAGUUUGGGCUCCGGAGGUUCUUGUUUUUCGAUAAGCUUUAUAAUGAGAGCGAGACGGUCAGGAGGGAAUACACACAACAGCUCAAUAGAUCAUUGAAGAUUCUCUGCAUCUUUGUAAUGCCAUGCUUUGCCGCGGAGAGUGCAUAUAAGAUUUGGUGGUACGCAUCUAGAGCCUCGCAAAUGCCUUUUCUGGGCAAUGUUUACGUGAGUGACGUGGUAGCAUGCACGCUAGAGUUGUGCUCGUGGUUGUAUCGUACAACUGUGUUUUUUCUCGUGUGCGUUCUGUUCCGUCUAAUAUGCUACCUCCAAAUCCUACGGCUCCAAGACUUUGCCACUGUGUUCCAAGAGCAAUCUGAUGUCGGGUCAGUGUUGUCCGAGCACCUUAGGAUCCGAAGGCACUUAACAAUCAUAAGUCAUAGAUACCGAGGUUUCAUCCUAUGGUCAUUGAUCUUGGUCACGGGCAGCCAAUUUUCCUUGUUGCUCAUCACAACCAGGUCUAGUGCCACUGCCAAUCUUGAUGUUUAUAGAUCCGGUGAACUUGCGUUAUGCUCCAUAACUUUAGUCACUGGAGUCCUCAUCUUACUGCGCAGUGCAACCAAAAUCACACACAAGGCCCAAGCAGUCACAUGCCUUGCUACAAAGUGGCACGUUUGCGCCACAUUGGAAUCCUUUGAUGCGAACGAAGGAGAUUCUCCGCCGCCUGAUGAGACGGGGAAUGGCCGAGUGGUUUCUGGUGCCAGUAGUGACAGAGAAUCAGACAGUGAUUUGGCAAGUGAUGAUCAAGAUGAACUGGAAAACGCCAAGUUUGUUCCAUCAUAUGCAUAUAGUACAAUCUCUUAUCAAAAGAGACAAGCUCUAGUGACAUAUUUGGAAAAUAAUAGAGCUGGUAUUACUAUAUAUGGAUUUACAUUGGACAGGACUACACUCCACACCAUAUUUAUGCUUGAGCUAUCAUUGAUUCUUUGGUUGUUGGGUAAAACAGUUGGAAUUUCUUGAGACAAUAGUCCAACAGCAACUGUGUAGGAAUGUGUAUUAUUGCAACCCAAUGGAGUUUUGGAAAAUAUAGGGUUUUGGAAUUUGAAGGGUGCAUUUAGGAGACGUAUAUAUUUGGUCUAAUAUAAUAUUUCCAUUAGUUUUCACCACUGUAUGUAAUUCUCCCCUUAUAGUUGUUCUCUUACUUUCUUUAAUUUGUAAGUUGUAAUUAUAAUUGUAUUGUAAUAGUGAGGAAAAGAAGUCAGGGUGGAAUAAAUGAAUGAUUAGCUAGGAGGAAGUAGAUUAGAAGAGAAGUCAACAGGGAAUUGAGAGCCUCCAUCAAGAGAAAUUAUGUCGAAUUCGACUCAAAAAUUUGAGGCCAACACUUACCUCACUGUGGAAAACCAACAACACUACGUAAAGAGAAACAUAACUCUUUUUCAGUCGUUCAUAUCCUUGUAAAAGUAAGAAACAAUAUUUUAUCCUUAGUUGAGAAAAUUGGAAAAAUAGCAAUGUAAAUGUGUUAAAUCCCUUGUUACACGCUUAUGAAAUAGAAACUUUCACGAACUAUUUCACAUUGAGCGAGCUGUGCAUCGUGGAUUCAUAUAGUUACAAGCUUAUCAUGUAAGAACUUUUCAAGCUUGGUAUUGACAAAAGUAUUAUUUC